AUGGAUAUUCUCACAGGAAAGAGAACAUUCUCGUCUCUACGGCCACUUGACCUGUCUUUAUGCACCAAACAGCAGAUAACUGACUAUUUCAACAACAGUUAUGACCUGAAUGAAAGCAUCUUCCUCGGCUUGAAAGAUGAAACCGUGUUCUACAAGUGUCCGGAUCGCCUUCGACUUCCCCUGGUCUUCUACUAUGGACAUACUGCGGCUGUGUAUGUGAACAAACUGAUGCUUGUUGGGCUUAUUAAGGAGCGCAUCAACCUGGAUUUUGAGACCAUUUUUGAAACUGGUGUGGAUGAGAUGAGCUGGGAUGAUACCGAAAACUACAGAAUGGGAGGGAGCUAUAAAUGGCCAGCGAUGAGCAAAGUUGUGGAGUACCGAAGAGCUGUGCGUAAUCUCAUCUUGAAAGUCAUUGAGGACACACCGUUGGUACUACCUGUCACCAUGGAGAGCCCCUGGUGGGCCUUAAUGAUGGGCAUGGAGCAUGAACGGAUUCAUUUGGAGACAUCAUCUGUCCUCAUUCGACAGCUUCCAAAGGAUAUGGUUGAAUGUCCUGAAGGGUACAAAUAUGGACCUUUGAAAACAAUAAGAUCAUGUAAUAAAUGGCUGAGAAUCAAAGAGUUGGAGAAUGUAAGUCAAAAUAAACCGGCUGAUUUUCCCUCCUAUGGCUGGGACAAUGAAUAUGGCGAAGUUGUUUGCAAUGUCCCCCCAUUUGAAGCCAGUCAGUUCCUGACCACCAAUGCUGCAUUUCUUGAAUUUGUAGAAAGAGGAGGUUACAUGAGUCAGGAUUUGUGGACCGAAGAAGGUUGGAUGUGGGUGCAAUACAGACAGGCCAGACACCCAAGCUUCUGGGUCUGUGAUCAGGGUUGCAAGUCUGGUUGUGGAGCAGAUCUGGCAAGCUAUUCUCACUGCAAACUGAACUUUGGACAGUUGAAUGAAGUGAAAAAUGGACUUGAAAGACACAAGAAAGCAAAACACAGCAAUUACAAGCUGCGUGUAAUGUUCAACGACGUGGACAUGCCUUGGGACUGGCCUGUAGAAGUCAACUACCAUGAAGCGAAAGCUUUCUGCAAAUGGAAAGGUCAGGGUUACCGCCUGCCUAUUGAGGCUGAACACCACGCAAUGAGAGGACCACAGCUGCCGACAUUAGCAGGAACAGCCAGUGACAUUAUUUUUCAGGAGGAGAUCAAUGCAAAUCUGAAUUUACAAUAUGGUUCAUCAACACCAGUGAACAUGUUCCCACCAACAAAGGCUGGCUUUUACGACGUUUUUGGCAACACUUGGGAAUGGAUGGAGGAUCACUUCAAUGGUCUGGAUUGCUUCAACAGUCACUUCCUGUAUGAUGACUUCUCAUCUCCCUGCUUUGAUGGCAAGCACAAUGUUAUCUUGGGUGGUUCUUGGAUCUCAACUGGUGAUGCGGCCUCUCGGUUUGGUAGAUAUGCUUUCCGAAGACAUUUCUUCCAGCACUCCGGUUUCAGGCUGGCAAGGAGCUUGACAGAAAAAGUGGACCUCCCAGCGAGAGUCGUGGACACUGAGGUGUUUGUGCUCGGUUCAGGAGUUCAAGCCAACAAGCCUUGUUUGGACAGUGAUCUGCAAGUCGUGCAUGUGAAGAGCACUCAUGCUGCCUACAAUCUUGAUACUUUGGAAGCACUGGAAGGGAUCCUUGAACUGGAGUUUGGUUACCGUGAAAGCUUUGCUGCUGUGGUAGCUGAUCUUUGUAAGAACUACUGCAGCUUCUUUCAUGUUUCUACAAGUUCAGCAGUUCAUCUUGGCAGCGCUACUGGGCGAGGGUCUUUUGAGCUUAGUAAACAUUUUUGUAGGGUCUUGGGAGUUGAAACAUGUGGUCGUCUAAUCGAUGCUGCAAUGCGUCUUAAGGCUGAGCGGUACAUUUUAUACAAGGGUGCGAAAGAAAUUAGAAUUGGUGACAAGUACAACUUGGACAGGAUUGUCUUUAAACAGUUAACUUGGAUCCCAAAUGAAGUGGACAGCCAUGAUCUGGUCCUGAUCACUCACUUGGACCGUGUACAAAACCCGAAAGCAUGGCUUGUUCGUUUGUGGGAAAUCACAAAACCAAAAGGAAUAGUAGUUAUUGCAUCGAAAGAUGGCAACUGGGACAAGAAGAAACUAAACCAUCAUCUUUGCCAUAGACUCAAAUGCAUCAGCAGCCAGGAGGUUCCUUUUGAAGAUGCCAGUGGAGAAGGCACUGCAACUGUCACAGUCUGGAGACACAAGUAG